AUGAACCCAACUGCGGCAUAGCCCAACGCCACAAUCGAUAUCGGCUUACCGCUCUUCAUUAAGGCGGGAUGGUUCUCUCAUUCAUAUUGGUCCAGAACCGACAGGGCAAAACACGUCUUGCAAAAUGGUAUGCGCCGUACAGCGAUGAAGAGAAAGUCAAGCUCAAAGGCGAGGUCCAUCGCCUGGUAGCACCGAGAGAUCAGAAAUAUCAAUCCAACUUUGUCGAGUUCAAGCGAAGUACGAAGAUCGUGUACCGGAGGUAUGCGGGGCUGUUCUUUUGCGCCUGUGUCGAUGCUACCGAUAAUGAACUGGCGUAUCUCGAGGCCAUCCAUUUCUUUGUUGAAGUUCUAGAUCAGUUCUUCGGGAAUGUGUGCGAGCUAGAUCUAGUGUUCAAUUUCUACAAGGUGUACGCCAUUCUAGACGAAGUAUUUCUGGCGGGUGAAAUUGAAGAGACAAGCAAGCAGGUCGUAUUGACGAGGCUGGAACAUUUGGACAAACUGGAGUGAGGCAGCUUUCAGCCUGAAGGGAGCGUGGAUAGGAUAGAAUCUGUUCUGGAUAUUAUAGCAUUGACAUGGCCACGGGAUGGCCAUCCGGAGUUAUUGGUUUGAAGGGUUAACAUAUAUCAGGGCGCUGCGCUUGCAACUAUUGCCAUCCAUGUUGAUAGAGGGUUCUGUGAUGGCUUUGUUUAUCUAAUUUCGACGAUAAUACCCUACGGAAAGCAAAUUUAUUUGUUUACCUAAGAAUAUCACAUCAUUAACAGUUGACAUA